UAUUAUUUUGCAUUGUAAACAUAAAUUGGGUAAGGUUGAAAAUCAUACUUUCAGCGCUUCCAUUUGAUUGGUUUUAGGGCAAUUGCAUUUGUGCAGUGUUGCCUUUCACCACGUUUACAUAGCUCUCUUGUGUAGCAUUGUCUUUAAGAUUUACUGGUUUUAAAAUAUGGACAGCAGUUUAUGGCGGGAAUCACCAGACAAUAGUAUUAUUGCUCAUCCAAAACAUCUCGAGUCAUUGCGUAGAUCUUUCAAUCUGCGGUUAAGUGCUUCAAAUGCUCGUUUGUGAACCAUUGUGCAUUAAUGAUGAUUUUCGGUGCUUAUAAAACUUGCAAAUGAAUACAUUUGGAAGCAGUCUUAUUAAAGUUUUUAAUGAGUUCCACUUUAAAGGAAGAUUUUAAGAGAUAACAUAUAUCGAAUGAAUAAAGACGCAUUUGGGUGUUAAAUUACGUUUUUUAAAUCUUCUUUAAGUGGGGAGUCUGCUUUAGAAGCUUAAAAAAAUCGAUUUUUUUCUUGAUUAAAUCUCUUUAAAAAUUAUCUAGGAAUAUGCCCCCAAAGUUAUAAAUGGUAAUUCGAAAUAAAAAAAAUAAAUUUGAACAUACGUUUAAACAACAUAAAGUACAAUUUUUUUGGUAAAAAACCACUUUCAAGUUUUGGGAAAUUUUGGAAUUAUACACUUUUUUAAUUUUCUUAGUUCAACAAGAACAUUAGUUAUUAACAAAUAUGAAUCUCUUUGAUUUUUUUUGUUUGCGCUAGAAUUUACGGCCUGCAUACUGCCAUUUUUUCCAAAACUCAAUAAUUAAGACAUUUCGUGUUUUAUAAUAUGUUUUCCCCUUUUCGGCCCUGUCGUAGAAUCCGACUUGGAAUUGGUUUUUGCCGGAAAUGAAAACCGAUAUCGGUUUCAUUUGGUGUCGCGAAAUUCUAUCGGAAUAAGCUUUUUUCGAACAUGAGCAAAACCGAUAUUCAAAUCAGCUGUUCCAUUGAUGUGUUAAAUUAAAUUUACGCUUAUUUGUAAACAAUAGAGCAUUUUUAAAUUAUUUGAACUGUUUUGUGAAAAUUCAAAGAAAAUAACUGAAAUAUAUUAUGGCAGCUGCAAUUGCCAUAUUACUUAUGAUGGAGGAGGAGCAGCAACACAGUUUAAAGCGGCGAAUAUUGCGAGAUAAGAGCAACCCUCUCGAGCUGCCGGAGUCAACAUUUAUUGCUCAAUAUCGCUUAAACAAAGAAGCUUUUGUUAUGGUAUUGGACAAAAUUCAGCCACGCUUACGUUCAUCGACGAUUCCCGCAGUACUUCAACUUGCUGCAACGCUUCGUUUUGUGGCCGAAGGCGCAUAUCAGCGAUCAGUGGGAAAUGAUGCAAACAUAAGUAUGGCAAGAAGCACUAUAUCUGAAGUGCUAACACGAGUGAUAAAAACAUUAGAACAUUCUAUAUGUAAUCAAUGGAUACAACUUGCAAUGGGAGCCAGUGAAAAACAAUACUCCAAAGACUAUUUUUAUAACAAAUAUAGAAUUCCUGGCAUCAUUGGCUGCAUCGAUGGAACACAUAUUAAAGUUAUAAAGCCUUCCACUGAUGAACACCUCUACUUUAAUAGAAAAGGAUUCUUCAGUAUGAACGCUAUGAUUGUUUGCGACAGUAAUAUGACGAUUCGUGCAGUAGAUGCAAGGUAUCCUGGAUCCAGUCAUGAUGCGUUUGUUUGGAGCAUAAGCACCGUUCGACAGCACUUUCUUAGGGAGUACGAAAUUGGCGAUCGAACUUCCAGGUUACUAGGAGACAGUGGAUAUGGUAUUGAACCGUUCUUGUUAACUCCAUACAGAGAUUCUGAGUACGGCUCACCGCAAAAUACUUUUAACAGGGCUCAUUCUUCGGCACGCAAUGUGAUUGAAAGAACGAUAGGCCUUUUAAAAAGUCGCUUUCGAUGCUUACAAGUGUAAGCAUUGCAGUCUGCCUUUAUACUAUCGCCACGAUCCAGCAUCUGAUGUUACAUUUAUUAUUCGAGGCUCGUUAGUUCGCAAAAAGACGGAAAAUUUUCUUGAGUCAGAAGAAGUAAUGACAGCCGAUUCAUCUAUUGAGGGUGUUGGAUUUGGUAC